AUGGCACCCCCCAAGAACGAUGAAUCAGCCAAGAAAACUAGCAACAGAGCAUGGACCGCGGAGGAAGAUCAAAAGCUAGCCCAAUGCAUUGAGAUUCAUGGUGCAAAGAGGUGGAAAACUGUUGCUAUUAAAUCAGGUCUAAACAGAUGUGGGAAAAGUUGCAGGUUGAGAUGGUUAAACUAUCUGAGACCCAAUAUCAAGAGGGGCAACAUAUCAGUGGAAGAAGAGGAUUUGAUCAUUAGGCUUCACAAACUGCUGGGAAACAGGUGGUCAUUGAUAGCUAAGAGGCUUCCAGGACGAACAGACAAUGAAAUUAAGAACUACUGGAAUACUUGUUUGUGCAAAAAGGUUAAUCAUCACACGAAGGUGAAACCAAAAAUUUCAAUGGCACAACCAACACAGUUGACUCAGAAUACUGAGGAAAAAGUAGCAGUAGAGAAUAAAGAAGUCACUGAUGAUGGGGACUCAGAAGUUAACUUUGAUGUCAACGAAUUCUUCAACUUCUCCAUUGAAGGACCCUAUGCGUUGGAUUGGAUGAUCUAG